UCUACUACACUUUCUACGAGGAGGAUGUAGGAGCAGGGUGGAGAGGAUGACCGGCCGCUCGGACUCUUAAACCUCUUCAGACAGGCUCAAGAACGUUUCACAUAAACUUCUCUUGCACGCUCAGCAUUUCUGCGCCGUUCGGUCAAGCUGAUGGAUUCGAGGCUCCAGAUCGAACCGGUGGUUCCGACGCCGGAUCCGACCAACAGCGCACCGUGGAAUAUCAGCUCCAUCGACCGGCACCGGCUCAUCGAGCCGUCGGUGGCUCCAGUUGGCGCCAUCAUCCCAGGCCAUGCCUUUCCAACGGUAAACGUACCUGACCACGCCCACUACACCAUCGGUGUUGUCAUCCUGGCUGUCGGCAUCACAGGCAUGCUGGGAAACUUCCUGGUUAUAUACGCUUUCAGCAGGAGUCGGAGUCUGCGGACGCCUUCCAACAUCUUCAUCAUCAACUUGGCAAUUACAGACUUCCUCAUGUGUAUCACCCAGUCGCCCAUCUUCUUCAUCACCAGCAUGCAUAAACACUGGAUCUUCGGAAAGAAAGGGUGUGAACUGUAUGCGUUCUGUGGAGCACUGUUUGGUAUUUGCAGCAUGAUGACACUGAUGGUGAUUGCAGUGGACCGAUACGUUGUCAUCACCAGGCCUCUGGCCUCUCUUGGAGCGAUGUCUCACAAAAAAGCUCUCUGCUUUGUAGCCGUCGCCUGGGUCUACUCAAUGGGCUGGAGCCUCCCACCCUUCUUUGGCUGGAGUGCCUACGUCCCUGAGGGUCUAAUGACUUCUUGCUCAUGGGACUACAUGACCUUCACCCCGUCCGUGCGCUCCUACACCAUGUUGCUCUUUACCUUUGUUUUCUUUAUCCCUCUCUCUAUCAUCAUCUUCUGCUACUGUGGCAUCUUCAGAGCCAUCCGGCACACAACACGAGCGAUAACAAAGAUCAGCUGUGUAGGGAAAAGAGACUCUGCAAAAAAGUUCCAUAAAAUGAGGAGCGAAUGGAAGAUGGCUAAAAUCGCCUUGAUCGUCAUUUUGCUGUUUGUCAUCUCCUGGGCCCCUUACUCUUGUGCAGCCCUAACUGCAUUUGCAGGGUACGCUGACUUGUUGACUCCUUAUAUGAAUUCUGUUCCUGCUGUAAUCGCCAAAGCUUCAGCUAUUCACAACCCCAUCAUAUACGCCAUCACGCAUCCUAAAUACAGAUCAGCCAUCAGCAGAUACGUGCCAUAUCUGGGCACGUUGCUGUGCAUCAGAGGCAGGGACCGUUACAGCAGCAGCAGCCUGCAGUCCACGCGUCGCUCCACCCUCACCAGCCAGUCAGAGUGCAGAGGCAACGGCGGGCACCACAACUCCUCCCAGUCCGAGAGUGAAUCAGCGCACUUCUCGGACACCGAGGAGGAAUGCUCGUCUCGGACGCCUGUCAGUCGUCACCUGUCCGUUGAUGUCAAACAGGUGCGCCAUGCCAGCCAGAGAUCAAAGACUCUGACAGAGCCUGAAGACAUCUGCAUGUUGGAGAUCAGCCGGCAGCCAACCAGCCAUCUGCCUGCUAGUCUGGAUAGCAUGAUGAGGGAGCCUGGACCGAAGACCGUGUCCAAGAACAAUUCGUCCAUCAUCGUCACCUCCAUAUCCACCCCGUCCAUACUGCACAGUCCUCCUGGUUUCCACGGCAGCCUCAAAGUGGCCAAAAGCGUCACUCCCGUUACGAAGGAGCUACUCGACAUUGCCAGGCUAGAGACAACGGCGUUACCGUAAACCGUGUGCGGUACCGUGGCACCUUGUCUCCCUGCUAGGGAGGAACCUGUACCAGCAUGCCGUUUCAUAGUUAUGGUGACUCUGGUAACCUUAGCAUGCAGAGAAAAUGUUUGUGACUGCCCAGGAAAUUUAGAGGACGUGUGUUUGCGCUACAGGCAUGGGCCAGUUUCCAGUCUUAAUAUGUAAAGCCCACUGAUUGGAAAAGUCACAAAACUCAGCAUCUUGCAUUUCCAGCUGUUUAAUCUCUUUCAAGGAGACCUUGCAGGGUUUUCUGUUCUCCUCUUCUUGCAAGUCUAAGCAGCUCUCUCGCCCGCGCCCAGCUGUUGCUGCAACCUCUUUGUGUUGUAUUGUAGUAGGGAAAUGAACCUUCACUUUUCUUGGUACAAGCGUCGACUUGGUGACAUUUUUCUGGAGGUGAAAAAACACCCGCAGUCAUUCAUUUAAGUAUUACAGCACUGUGAAACUAACCAGAGACCAGGUCUGCUGCUUACAUACCAGGACAGAUUGCUUAGACCAUUGUCCAAUUAAACCAAAUGCAUCAUUCUGUGCAAAAUGGAGUCUUUCUGUGGAAUACAGCUGAAUUGACUUAUUGAGGGACUCAAAUACUUAAUUGCUAAAAAUCCUCGAGGUGAGAUUGCUGACUCUACACAUUGUUUUCUCAUGCUGUGAAUUCUGCCAGUUUAUUUAUCAGAUAGUGAUAAAUAGAUGUGCGAAGACAGUAAUGAGAUAAUCCUAAAGAUUUUAAACUGAAAGCAGAAAUUCAUUAGGGAACCAGAUGAAAACCAGAAACAAACAGCUAACAACAAUUGCGUUAGUAUCACUCGUUUUUUUGUGUUCUGUAUUAGUUUAAUCUACCAAUAGGAAACAUGCGGUCCAGACUAAUGAAGGCUUAUUCAGAGGCAUAAAACCAGCUGCAGUCUCAGCACACAUCUGCAAAUGAUAACAGAUUGCUUCCUUAAAAACAAGAGUUAAAUUAAUCAGAGUUAAAACAAUAACUAAAAUAAUUUAUGAUAAAGCUAAUGACGACUACUGACUGUAUAUCAUCAUUUGAUUAGCUUCUCUUGAAUGAUUUAAGAAUGAGUGCCACUUAGGUUAAAAUGCUUAACGCUGCAUCGAUAUCAUAAUAACUAAUAUUAGAAAUAAUAUGCCAUUAAAUUAAAUUUUAUUUGUAGUGUCUAAAAAAUAAACAGCUUAGUGCAACCAACUUCGUCAGCAACACAGCUAGCUCACAUGUUCCCCAUAACUUGUCAUCCUUAGCACUAAAAAUGUUUACAGCUGAAAAUAGAUUUAGUGUUUGUCCAAUUGUUUCAUUUUCAGGGUCCCUACAGAGUGUUGAACAUGCUGAAAAAGUCUCGAAUUCCUAAAACUAUUUUCUAGGUCCAGAUAACUUUGGGAUAAAAAGAACAAAGUAUGUAAAUAUUUGAUUUUCCAGACUUUUUCUCAUCUUCAGAUUUGUAAAGGACAAAAGUAAAACACUGCUAAUAUGACAGGUGUGUGCUCUGAUUUGUAACUAAAUUACAUGGUUUUAACAUUUAAUCCAUCUGUAUUUAGAUUUUUUAGCUAUUGGCUAAAUGCACACUAAUUCAGACAUUAAAACGGGAUUUUUUUUUGGACACUUUCUAUUUCGGUUUUAUUAAAAUGCUGAACUAAAACUGAUAUAUCCUGAUGCAUCUCAGUAAUCCAGCUAGAAAAAAAAAUUUGUGGGUCCUUUGGAUGGGUUGUUCUCAACUGAUCGUUGGUGCUUUGAUGGCUACUUAUUACAAUAAGUGACCAUCAGAGCACUAAUGAUCGGUUGGUAGGCUAAUGGUCCUCUUUUGCAUGUGAGCACUUGUUGAACCACUUUGCAAACGUAUUGCUUAUAAAGCUGGGUUCACCUGCAGCAAUUCAGACUGAAGAAGUCUCCUGGAGAAGAGAUUAACUAUUUCAACAAAGAAGAACCCAUUUUUUAUAAGACUGAUAUGGUUUGUUGUUUCUACAAACAAAAGAAAGGUACUGGAGGUAACUGUGAUAUCUGAAUUUACAUUUACUCUGAUAAGUUAUAUCAGAGCCCAGGUUCGGCAUUGUGUUGCUUCAAUUAAUGUACGAACAAAGAGAUAAGACCUCUAUUCAAGCAGUUCAUGGUAAAUGUUCUGUCCUUAAAUCUCCAUACUGUUGUAUAAACUGCAGAAAACAUUGAAAAGUUUGAUUCUGGUAAGGUUUGGACGUUUAAGAAAAUGUGUUGCAAACGUGCCUUCAACUCUUCCACUAUGUACGUCUGAUGGGGAAAACAAAUUACACAGUCUGCUGGCUCUGGUAUUGUAUCAGAUCAAUAUAUUCCACUACUUAAGUAUGAAUAAGGAUUUCAGCCUUGAUCUUGAGAAUAUUGAGCAUUGUAUCAGAAUUACUAUUGUUGCCAUGAGCUCAAGGAAAAGCAGAUUUUUAGCAGUGAUGGUAUACACUCAUUUAACAAUGUCUAUAAGAUUACACACUCUAAUAAAGGUAAAUGUACAGUGAGAUUCAAUAAAUUACAAUAUUAAUUAAAAGUGUAUUCAUUUUAGUGACUUAAUUCACUAAGUGAAACACAUCAUAUAAAUUAAUUACACACAGACUUUGCUUUCAAGCCUUAUUUCUGUUGAAUAGGAUGUUUUCUGCUUGCAGCAAAUAUUAAUGAGAAUAUUACAUCAGUCCAUUAAACAACCAUUUCUAAUACAGAAAUAUGAGCUUGAUAAAAAGUAUGUUUAAUACCGUUUAAAGAUUAUGUUCAAAAUGUACUUUUAAUCUGGCGAAAGAGCCUCAUGGGUUCUAAUUGAAUCUGACUGUAUGAUUCUGUGACUUUAAGAGCCUAUAAGAGUACUUUCACUCCCAUCUCUAAGUAAAACCAAUUAGUUUAUUAUGUUUAUAUUUAUUUUAAUUAUUUCCUUUUAACUGCCAUUAUAAAAUUGUGGAAUUUUUGCUCAUUAUCAUACAACCAGAAUUACACGCUGGCCCAUGCCUGGUUUGCAGAAAGUUGCUUUAUCCUUUAAUUUCGUUGUCAUAAAAGAGUAUUUACCUCAAAGCUGAAAGGAACAAAUUUGCCUUAAAAACCACUGGGUCAAGGAUUGUUUAAAAAUGUUGUAUUAUUUGAAAAACAUGGUGUUAUUUAACAAGUGAUGUAUUUCACCACUGGUUUUGCUCUGAGAGUUAUUUUUCCCUGUAUAUAAGCCGAGUGGUUGUUAAAAGAUUGUUCUUGUGGCAGUUUUUUGAUAGGAAACACAAUUUGGUGAGUAAAACUCACAAAAUCUCAUCAAAUGUUUUGCACAUUAUGUAUGACCUGUACUUUAUAUGAAUUUUCUAGCUAUAUACCUAACUGCUAAGAAUAU